AUGAGCCAGCAGUGUGCCCAGGUGGCCAAGAAGGCCAACGCUAUCUUGGCCUGUAUGAGGAACAGUGUGGCCAAUUCAUCAGAUGGAAGUCUAAAAGCUUCUACGCAUUAUGGGACAAUAGAUGUUUAUGUCAGUCAAUUAAGAACCGUGGAUCUGAAAUCCGAGAAAGGUUCAAUUACUGUCAAGGUACCUGCUUCUCUCAAAGCCUAUUUACAGUUGUCUGGAAGAAAAGUAGAUGUGAGCUCAGAGAUCCAGUUAAAAGAAACACAGAGUGCCUCCAAAGACAACCAUGUAACUAUAAGUGGUCACAUGAAUCAAAGUGAUGAAAUGGACAAAUGGAUUAAGGCUGACACACAAAAUGGCAAAGUGUGUCUUAAAAGCCAAAGUUGGAUCCAGUCUGUCAAGCUGAAGAGUUCUUAAAGGUGAAAUAGGCCAAAGAAAUUAAAUCAAGAAAUUGUAAACUGUAAAAUUAUGAAACUUUGUGGAUGUAUAUUCAUAAUGUAAGAGAGAAACAAUAUUAAAAAUGAGGGUGUUUCAACCCAAGGUUUGCCCUGACAGUGGCUGGUGCUUAACAGGUCGCGUUUACUUUUAGUGCCUUUUAGGAAUGACAAGAUCUUACAUAUUCAGAAUUUGUGUAACUUGACCCACUUACCAUGUCAGUGUAAAAGCUGGUACUUUUGAAACAAAAGUUUGGAAUUGUUUAAAAGGAAAAAGCUUUCUCAAC